AUGCCUUUCAUCAAGCGCAAGAUCUGCGAGAAGGCCAAGACCAAGAAAGACACUGUACCCGUUGACUGGGAGAACGGCGAACUUAAACAACGCUACCUCGAUCUCCUCCCUGAUAUCUCUCCACAGGAAACCGCCUAUGGCAAAUGGCUCAUUACCCACAUUCUUGAACGUCCAUGGGCUGAACUCACGUUCCUCGAGCGUGCGCAAUGGGCUGAGGUCUACUUUGACUUGGAGAAGAAGGGCCUGCGUUAUGAGGAUAAUGGCAAUGAUGAUAAUGAGGACGAGUCUGCAGAGGUGCUGUCCUGGGCUGACUACAAGAUCAUGUACAAGGAAAUCUUGGUUCCUGAGAAGGAGAAGAAGAAGAAGAUGAAGAAGAAAAAGAGGCUGCCGCUUUAUGACGAUAAUGGCAGAUUCAUUGGAUGGUAUAUUCCCAAGACGGACGAGGAAUUUCUGGAGAAGCUAAAGCAUGUUGGUUCCGCCUUGGGUGUUAAGAAGGAAAAGCCAAAGGUUAAGAAAGUUGAUGCAGGCAAGAUGGUUAUCGGUCCGCAGCUGAAGGAGAUGAAGACCCUAGUCCCAAAGCCGCAACCGCAACCGACUUACAACCAGUUCGCUCCAGCCCAGCAGAGCUUCUCCCAGCAACCGAUCUCCCCCCAGCAACAGAUCUCUCCUCAGCAACCGACCUUCCCAGGCAGCCAACCGACAAAUUCCCAGUUCAAGCAGAUUACAAUGGAGGCUGCUAGGAAACUUGAGAAAUCUGCUAAAGCUGGUAGUGGUACAUAUCAGAGUCCGUACACUGCGCACCGCUAUGCAAGCUUGGGUGGACCGAAGCAGGGUGAAGAGAAGUCAUUCAAGUCCCCAUAUGCUUUGUGA